GUGGCAUGGGAGCAGUCAGGCGUUUGCCUUGCAGUCUGCACUCUGGGAUUAAAGGUACCUUUUUAUAAACUUCCACAAUGGGGUUAUUGAUGGAUAUAAAUAUUUGUGAAUUGAUAUAUUUUUAUUUUAUUCCUAUGGAUCCAGUGGAGGUCACUGAUACACAAUUCAGUCCACAGAAUUAAUUAACAGAUCAUUUUAAAAAUAUAGAAAUUUAAGUUUUCAGUUUUUCAGCAGACGAGGUUUAACCAUCUUAACAUGGAAUAAAGAUAAGAUAUGCAGCAUUUCUGCAUUAAAACACAAACAGACUUUUAGUAAAUAUUUUUCUUAAAGUGUGUACUUAAAUGUUUCCAGCAGUGUUCAAACCCAGAAGAGCCUAAUUAAAUCGCAGUAACUUCCGGGAGAAGAAAUGUAAACGUGACUAAACGUAACACGAAUAAAACUUGAAAACAUUACUUUGUCCGUACGCAUUUCUGCCUUAGUCACACCAGAUGCCAUUGGCAAUGGUUGCUUAACAAUUCGGACAACAACUCCCAUGAUCCCGCGCUACUUACGCUUUUUGUUUUGUUUUUAUUGGGAGACCCCUAGCGGCAGAAACCUUAUAACCUACUGUGCGUUUUUGUGUUAUAAUGAGAAAAUAUACCUGACCUUUCCUUCUCGCUGUCCCAUUCCCCCUGAGCCACCGCCUUACACUGAAGGAAGUGUUUGACUGCGAAGGCAAACCCCGCGUGGAUCUCCUGAAGGCCCACCUCACCAAGGAGGGCCGCGUUGAGGAAGCCGUGGCACUUCGAAUCAUCAACGAGGGAGCAGCUAUCCUGCGGCAGGAGAAAACUAUUCUGGACAUCGAGGCACCAGUCACAGUGUGUGGUGACAUUCAUGGGCAAUUCUUUGAUCUUAUGAAGCUGUUUGAAGUGGGAGGAUCACCAGCCACAACACGGUACCUGUUCCUCGGGGACUACGUUGACCGUGGCUACUUCAGUAUUGAGUGUGUUUUAUACCUCUGGUCGCUGAAAAUCCUCUAUCCAAAGACACUAUUUUUACUUCGUGGAAAUCAUGAAUGUAGACAUUUGACAGAAUAUUUCACCUUCAAACAAGAAUGUAAAAUCAAGUACUCAGAGCAGGUGUAUGACUCAUGUAUGGAUGCAUUUGACUGCCUUCCCCUGGCUGCACUCAUGAACCAACAGUUUCUGUGUGUCCAUGGUGGACUCUCACCUGAAAUACACACCUUAGAUGAUAUUAAAAAGUUGGAUCGGUUCAAGGAGCCGCCGGCUUUUGGGCCCAUGUGUGACCUGCUGUGGUCUGAUCCGCUGGAGGAUUUUGGCAACGAGAAAACCCAGGAAUAUUUCAGCCACAACACAGUGAGAGGCUGCUCCUACUUCUACAGUUACCCAGCUGUGUGCGAGUUCCUACAGAGCAAUAACCUAUUAUCAAUCAUCCGAGCACAUGAAGCGCAAGAUGCAGGCUACCGGAUGUACCGUAAAAGUCAGACCACUGGAUUUCCAUCCCUCAUUACCAUCUUCUCAGCACCUAACUACCUGGAUGUUUACAACAACAAAGCUGCUGUACUCAAAUAUGAAAAUAAUGUCAUGAACAUCCGACAGUUCAACUGCUCACCCCAUCCCUACUGGCUGCCCAACUUCAUGGAUGUCUUCACCUGGUCUCUGCCAUUUGUUGGAGAGAAAGUCACAGAAAUGCUGGUGAAUGUGCUGAGCAUCUGCUCCGAUGAUGAACUCAUGAAUGACGAAGAUGAGAUCUUUGAUGCCAAUGCAGCUGCAGCACGCAAAGAGGUGAUCAAAAACAAGAUCCGUGCUAUUGGGAAAAUGGCCAAGAUGUUCUCAGUUCUCAGAGAGGAGAGUGAAAAUGUGUUGACGCUUAAGGGCCUGACGCCCACUGGCAUGCUGCCGAGUGGAGUUCUCUCUGGAGGCAGGCAGACACUGCAGAGUGCCACCAUUGAAGCCAUUGAAGCCAUCGAGCCACAUGAUGAGGACAGAGAAGCCAUCCGUGGGUUCUCCCCCCAGCACAAGAUCACCAGCUUUGAGGAGGCUAAGGGCCUAGACCGUAUCAACGAGCGCAUGCCACCUCGCAAGGAUGGGGUGAACCAUGUUGGCCACUCCAUGGGAAAGAUGAAUAUGUCAGAGGCGAACGGCACGGAUGACAACAGCAACAUCCAGUGAUGUGCUGUCUGGCCCUCAGUAUCGUGCCGCUGUUGCGCUGUGCAGCAGGACAUUGCCAAAUCGGGAAUUCAGGCGUCAGAACAUAGAAAUAAACCAGGCCCACAGACAGAACAUGAAAUCUGCAGCAAAUCUAAAACAGCCGGAAAAAGGUAAUUUUUUCAUGACAGUAUGUCAUUGCACCGUUGUGGGAGGGGGAGCUGGGGUUUACAGCACAGGGCAGGGAUAAAAAGAGGCCAGUGGGCUGCAGCUUGACCGUCUGAAUUUGUUUCUGCCUGUUGUUCCCUUCCUCAGUUCAAUUAGAGACUGAAUUGUUGGCGGGUGUGUUGUUCUGAGUGCUGACAAACGUCUGCUCCUUCAUUACAGGGCCUAACAGAAAGCAUAAUUGCAGUAUCCAUGCCACACAAAUCAUUUUACUGUUUAUUACAAAUCACUCAAAUUCACUUCAUGAGGAUACUAAUCUUACAUGUUAGUCUACAUGUGUUGCUAGUAUUAACAAGACACACCACUUUGUGAAAGAUAAAGCAAAAAGAAAGAAAGCAAAAUGCGUACCUCUUAAAACUUGCAGUGCAAUCUUACCAGUGGACUUAAAUUUAUUGAUUUACCUUGUAGUAAGAUGCUGUCGUGCUGCGAGGGAAUGAGGGCAGGCUGCUCACAGCUCUGGCCUAACUACCAAAGCCCACUGCAGAUCAAACUCCACCUUUGGUAUGUCUUACUAUGCUCCAGGACUGCUCCUUUCCUCACCUCCCUCAUUGUCAGUCAUCUCCUAGCAAGAAAUAACUUGGAAGAGGUGAGGAAAGAAGACGUGGGAGGGGGUGAAAGGAGCAUUUUGGUUCCACCGCUUACUGUACUGUGGGCAUAUCAGCAUUGCAGAUUAAACAGCAAGAUUUAAUAUCUGAAAAUGUCCCCAAAAGCAAAUGCAAAACACCCGCAUAUGAAGAAGCAACUUCCUCAAUGUACCUUGGUGAAUCUUGAGAGGAUAUAUUUUUAUCCAGACCGUCCUUAAAGUUAGUCUUUUCCCCUCCAUUAAAUGUUUAAGUAGUUCAUAUCAGAAAAGCAUGGCAUUUGAUCAAGUUAUACCUCACACACGUCGUGCAAUUCACUUUCUGGAAAGUAUAAACUUUAGCAUCCUCUGCGGAAGGAGGCUUUGGAUUGUGGUUUUCUCAUCUCUUCUGCAUUGCUGUGACUGGCAUCAGAGUGGCAUUAACACCAGUUUCUGGACCACAGAGGAGAGGAAGUGAUUUCGAACUUUGGACAUACCCUGCUGUCACACACCACCUGAUUAUUUCUCACCUGCUUGUUGCUUAAGAGAAAAUAAAAGAAUAUGUGUAGUCACUCAAGUAUACAUUAGCGCCCUUUGAGUUUUUGCACUUUUUGCUGUGCUGCAAAUUCAAUGAGAUUUCAUGCCUAAGAACUACACAAAGUACUAUAUCAGAGUGACAAGGAAAUUCUACAAAUUUGUGAAUGCAUACAAAAUAUCUUUUGUUUAUUCAAAAACCAAACACAGUUGUGUCAUGUGGAAUAAGUGGGCUUAGUGCCGUUACUAUAGGGGAUUUCAAUAAUGUAUCCUGACCAGAAUUUAAUUAAUUAAUGUUUCUUUUUCCACUUAAGGUUGUCAGAAAUACUUCCCUCCUGACAAC